GAAGGCGACACCAUGCACGUAGCGGUAUUCCUCGCUUUUAGCUGUGGUUUUGUCUGCGGAACAUCACCUGCACAGGACAUCACCUGCACUGUCACUGCGGGUCUCGGCCACACCACGUACAGCCUUUUAUAUGUGCCUGAGAAAUUUGGAACAAACUGCAGCCAGGAAGAACCUCUCGGCGAGUAUUCCUGGGCCAUCGAGAACGCCACAGGGCACAGUGUGAUUGCCCAUCAGGAGGGGCAAAAUGAUGAAGUGGUGAGGAGUAAGAACAUCAGCACCCUCAGCACCUCAAAAUGCUUUGACAGGAUCAUCUACAAAAGAGGCUGUAUCUUAAAGGAUAUACAUUUCACAGUUAACUGCACCAUCAACUGCAGUGAAAAUGCUUUGGCCCAGAAAUCAUCCAAAGAUCCGGUACAACCUGUAGAGGCACCGUCGUCCACCACCACCCCACCCAGAGGAUCUGUGGAUGGUACAGGGAUCAAACUUGAGACUCUCAUAAUUGUGGCUGUUGUUGUUGCUGUCCUUGUUCUGCUGGUCCUUGCUGUGGUGAUCUACAAACGUUACAUUCACAAAAAGAUCAAACAUACCAGAGCCAGUUAUACCCCAGGAAGAGCUGAUGAGGAGGAGGGUGAAAUCAGUUUGUCAGCCAACUGAUUUGUCUUUUAAGUUUAAGUUUCCUUCCUUUAGGUCUCCUUCACCAUCACCCUUAUGGUGUGCUUGGUCGAGGAAUCUAAACGGCGACCCUCUGAUCUCUGGGCGGUCCAAAGUCGUAGUUGUAGUUUGUAGUGUAGAUUUUCUUUUUCUUUUCUUUACUUUUACGUAAUAACCAACGCUUUGCUGUUUGAGUAAUAAUCUAUGAAUUGAAUCACUUUGGACUCAGACAAAGACUUGGACUUAGUGUGACAGACGUUGAGUCAGUUUACCAUGUAUCUUGGUAUACUUCAUUUUAAGCUCACCAUAGCUGUCUAGACAUAUGUAUGACUGGAUAUAGUAGACUCUCACAUAAAAGCAUUAUUUUUCAUCAGUUUUAACCACUAAUGGCCUUUUACUUUUAGUAAGAAAGAUUUUAAGCAUUUUUAUCUGCCCAAUUCUCAGAUUAAAUUUAUGUUUGACAGAGCAGCAUCUCAGUUCAGAAGCAAGGUUUGUGUUGCCAAAAAAAAAAAAAAAAGCAAAAACAGGGUUUUAACAAUCUUGAUGAAAGUUGCACAGCCAGUAGUUACCUGUGAUGUAAAGUUCUUUAGGCUGUGGAAGCCAAGUCUUUGCCCCAGUAGCAAUACAGUAACCUCCCCAGAUUGAGUCAGGACCCCAUAGUACUGUCAACAUGAACCAAAGCUGUGGAAGCUAGGAGACUCAUAAUGCAGCACCAGGGCGUGCCCGUUCAGUGUCCUGCAGCAUUACAGCAACCCCUCUGUUUACUUUAGACUGAAAGCCUUAACAUAACACUCCACAAGGGGGGAGGGGGGGUAUUAAAUAUUAUAUAUAUUAUAUAAAUAGUAUAUCUUGUAUACAUAUUAGCAUAUUGUAUUUUCAUAAAAUAUUUAUAUUUAUACAGAUGAAUAACAUGUAGUUAGAAAAUAAUAAAUAAUAACUUUUAUUUAUAUAUUCUUAUAUAUUUCCACUUUGUUAUAUUUACAUUCCAAAAUGUAUUUUAAACUUUUCUAUAUUUUAUACACUUUAUAUAGAUAUAUAAUUAAAAAUACACUACAAGGUUGGAUGCAGUAAUGUGUGCAGUUCUAUCCAAUGCAGUUUGUGAAGUGAAAUAUAAUAAAGAUGUACUGUAGCUGAAUUAGCAUUAUGUUGUGAGGCAGUAAUGUCAGGUCAUUGUAUGUCUGUAAGUCUUAAGUCAUACGUCGUGAGUCCUUCUGUUAACUCUGUCUUACUGAAACUUGAUGAAAUUUGUAUUUUAUAUAAUUAAUCAAAUCAUGCAUGAAUCAGCUCUUUGUUUCAUCCUUUCAUUAAAAAUGAA